GAGUACGCGUUGCUCACACUGGGUGGGUCUAUUUUGCCUCGACACACCCUUUUAUAAAGAGUUAUCUCUUUGUGCACGUGAAUACGAGUCACACAGCUCGGAAAUCCCCCACGCACCUUGACCACCUUCUCAUCUUCAUCUUCUUCAUCUUCAUCACAGCGCAGAAUGACUUCUUAUAUGUGGAUUUUACUUUUCGCGGCGCUCGCGCUCACCAAAGCUCAGGAAUUGGAUCUUGGAGAUGCCAUUGGGAAUUUAGAUGACCCUACAGUUAAACCACCAGUGAAAAAACCGCCCAAGGAAAGUGAUGGAGGAUUUGACCUUUCAGACGCUUUUGGAGACUCAGACGAACCAAAACCUGCAGAUCCUAAGAAACCUGUAGCUCCACCAAAGACUGACGGAGGAUUUGACCUUUCAGACGCUUUUGGAGACUCAGACGAACCAAAACCUGCAGAUCCUAAGAAACCUGUAGCCCCACCAAAGACUGGCGGAGGUGAUUUCGGUGACUCAGAUCUCAGUGAUGCUGCUGGCGAUGGAUACAAACCUGAUCCAGGUCAUGGGGGUAGGUCCGGAGGUAACGCCGGCGACUACACAGAUACCCAAGGUGACCAAUCUCAAGAACUUUACCAGCAGUGGCUGAAGCUCCUGAUGUUGCUAGGAGAUAACUUGCCUGAAGGCCUCCUUGCCUGGAUUGCCAACUCUAAACAAGUUAUAGUGUCCCUUCUAGAAAGGGUGCUGGAGCUCCUGGACUUAGCCGAAGCAGAGAAGCAGUCUUGAUGAUCCAAUAGACAGCAAGUCUCCUCUGGGUGUCCGGUUUCAUUGAAAGCACGAGAGUGUGUUCGGACACGUUAUUUAAGGUGGUUUGGUGGUGUGAUGGUUGCUGGUUUUUCUGUUAAAGUUUUGUCUGGGGUUUACUUGUAACCUGUUAGAUUUUCUAGGGCUGACCUAGAUAGCGUUUUUUCCAUGAUUUGAGUAACGCUGGUGUUACCAGUAUCUGCACUCAUUCUUAAAACCACCCUUAAAAAUAAUAUAGCAGCCUAAAAUAUAUCAGGUAGGCGGGCAAAAAGGUGCAUUAAUAACACGAAAGAACUAAAAUCGUAAGAGUUAUACUUUGCAACGGUUUGUUUUUUGACCAAGUCUUAAAUAAGCAUUGUAGCGGUUUACUUUGGGUGUCCAAUUUUAGUUCCACAACUGUAUACCACCUUCUUGCCCCUACUUUUUUUUUCAAGCAACAGUUUGCUGUUUUUGACAGAGUUUAAAAAUGUUGUACGCAAAAUAGGAUGAGGAAAGCAUUUUCAGCUUCCUCAUUUCAAGGUUCCAAGCUUCCACCGGUAAAAUAGUGAAUGGAAUCCCAGAGUAGUGAUUAAAUAGUUGAGAAUUUAAAUACAGCCUUAUAAUCGCACUCUACUGCAAAGGGAUGCAAACUUUUUUUUAGUCGCUCAACAGAACAUCAUGGCGAGAAAGCUGUAUGUUAAAAAGAAUUAAGCUAGUUACUGUAAAAUUUCUGUGAAGGCCCGGGUUUAAUUCUCAGCCAAUGCCCAAAACUCCAGCCAAGGUCCCGAGCCCAUAUAAAAUGGGAGGGUCAUGUCAGGAAGGGCAUCUGGCGUAAAACCUGUGCCAAGUUGUCUGUGAUUUGGUCCACUUUGGCGAACCCUCGAUGGAGGAUGCCGAAAGACUUACAACAACUGUUUUAUUUUCUGUCUUUUUUUUCUCAUGCAAAUAUCUAAUGCUUAUUUUUUAAAAGUACUUUUCUUUUAGUUAAUAUUUAUUUUUAAGGCAUCGCCACUUAGCUCUUUAGUCAUGAAGACCGAGUAUGAAAUUUAGUCAAGAUGUAAAGUUUAGUUUCGGCCAAAACAUGUUAUUGGUGCUAAAAAGUGUUACUCAGAUAAAAAGAAAAAUUUUGCUAAAUUCAAUUUCAUGCCCUUCUGUGUCCUUUAGUGUCCAUUAAAUCUUUCAAUGAUCUUAAUUGUCAUUUAGAUAAAACUGAAGACAUAAACUUGAGAAAAAAGUGUAUUAUUCUAAAAUUCAAAAUGAAAACAUGGCAACAUGAAUUGAUUACGGACACUACAGAUCUUAAGUUUAACUAAAAAACAAUUUAAGCAACCGUUUUAACAGGUCAUGUGAUUAUAGAACCUUACGCCAAUUUUUAGUAUCAAUAACUAAAAACAUUUGGAAUAAUUUUUACUUUAAAUGAUUAUGGUUUGAAGCAAGACAGUAUAACACUGAAAAGAUGCUAUUUUUUGGGGCACAUAGAAAAUCAUCUCUCCAAAACAGCUGAUUAGCAACUUGAAAUUUUUUAGGGAAGCAAGAUUGGUCACUUCCAUGUUGCAUAAACUUCAGAAGUAGCUUCUUUCGCCACACAUUUUCUGUAUUAUAUGAUUUUUCUGUAUAUGAUAAAAAAUUUUUUUAAUUAGCACCAAUACUGUGUUUUGGCCGAACGCUGUUUAAAAAACGGGUGUUGAAGCAUGCCAAACCAGCAGGCGGCAUAUUGUAUAAUUGUGCUGGCCAAUCAGAAGCCUGGGGAGAAAAAGAAAAACUUCUAACCCAAAACAGCGUUAUUUUCUUUUUUCUUUUGACAGAGCAACACCAAAAACAGACUUUCUAAAUAUCUUAACAAUAAAGAAACGUACCUGUGUACUUGUGAUCACGCCUGAAUGAGCUUAAAUCCUAGUUUUGUGUUUGAUACAGGCGUUGUUUAGUCCCCAUAUUGUUUUAUUAGCGUCUUUUUUUCUCUCUUUUGCCAAAACUGUUGCUUUGUUUCUACUGCACACGUCUGUCUUAUCCAGACUUAUUAUUAAUUCACAGGCAUCGUUAUGAUUUAAUGUCUUUAUUCCCUAAAACGUUGUCAUAACAAGCUGACCUUCGCAGUUACUGACAUUUCAGUCGGCGCAAGCGCGUGUGAGUCACGGCACAUACCACACAUAGCAUGUGUUCAUUAGUCAGAAAGAAACAGACACGCGUUGUUCACGAAGACGUGAAGAAAUACGAGAUAAUGCACUGCACGUGCUUCUCACCUUUAAACUGAAGGAGGUGUACUUUUCUUUUCCUUUUUUACCUUAGAUGUACACUUUAAUUCUUUUUCUUUGGUUUUUUUUCUUCUUUUCUUUUGUAUUGACCGGACAAUCCUGUUACAACAUCAGUCCUGUUUCUAACUGUUCAUUCAUGGUGUCUGUUCCACCCUGCUGUGUCUAACUGCUCUGUGUCUCUUUAAAUAAAUAUUCUGUGAAAGGUGAAACCAUUUUGAAUUCCUUGACUAGAAAGCCACUGCUAUUAUUAAAUCUCUGAGCAGAACUCUCAUCCCUAACAUGGCAUCCCCGCUGACAUUUUGAGUGCGUUAAUGUGUCGGUGUCCUUUUCUGCCUCAGGGUGUGUUUUCGGAAAUGACCUGCAAGCUGCCGGGUUGCUUCCUGCCUUUAAAAUAGCUAUGUUCUUUGAAGUGUUUUUUUGAAAAUGUAAUGCGUUUGAGCUGGAUUUGUCCAUUCCAUUUAUAUAUUCAGAGGUGUUGUUAUUGACCAGAAGAAAAAAAUAGCCGGCUGAUUUUAAGGUCAUUUGAAUUGCAAAUUGAUAUAACAUGAUAAAAAAAAACAUGAUAUUUAUGAUAAAACAUGAUCAUCAAUAAUCAAUUAAGCAUUAAUAAGAACUUAAACUUUAAGAACCAAAUGCACAAAGUAGUUAUUUAAAAUCACUCCGAACUUUACGAUCCGAAGCCAGUUUCCCAAAAAUUUAUUAAUUUGUGGCGGCCCGCACAGGAUCAACCCUGACCUCCACAUAUUCAAUUUCAAUGUUUUGUAAUUUUUUUUUUUAUUAUUUAAAAUUUGUAAAAUCUUCACAAUUCGUUGAUUCAGCAUCACCUGUGCAUGUGAAGUGCUCGUGACACGCUCGGUUUAUCGAAAGUGUGAUCAGUUUUGUGAUAGACCUCUCCAUGCAAAUAAACAAGGAUGAUGAGGAAGUGGAUUGAGUCAAUCCGUAAUCAUUUUAACCAAACUACUCAAAUACAUUUUUAGCAAACAAGUAAGGAGCCUGGGUUAUAAGGAUAUAAGGAUCAUCAAAAGCUAAUGUUUGAAUAAAGCUGGGUCGUCAAGGUUACCACUACCGGGUCCAGGUUCGAUUUUCCCCUCUGGUCUGUGUGCAUGUAGUUUACAUGUUGUCCCUGUGCUUGGUGGGUUUCCUCCCACAGUGCAAAGACAUGCAGAUUAGACUUAUUCGCGUUUCCGAUAUAGCUGGUAGUGGUGUGAAUGCGCAUGUGAAUGGCGACUGAGUGUCCUACCACAGUUAUAAAAAAAAUGGGAAUAAUUACAAUGGUAAACACCACUGGUCUCCACAGUCCCUAGUUGGACUACAGAGGUUCCUAGUUGGAUGGUUGAACAUCUCUACUCAGUAUACAGUACAGUGAGUCCUAAAGAGUUAUCCAGGUUUCAGCCGAGAGGCUGUUUCUUUAAACGUGUGUAUGUAAUCAGAAUAUUUAUGAAAUCAGAAAAACCAUAAUCAUGAAAAGGCAUCAUCUGAAUAGUUAGUGCACUUUUUUUUGCAUGUCUGCAAUCUUUAAAAAAUCAUUAUGUACAAAUUGCAAAUGAAUAUUCACUAGUAAAGAGACUUGAAUGAUGCAUGAUGCCAAAUCUAGAUUCACUUAGGUUCUAAGAUUAAACAUGGACUAUAAAAUACUUUUGGGAAGUUGACAUUCUGUAUAAAAAAAUCUUAACUUCAACUGCAGAUUUUUUUGACUUGUGUUUAUGUUGUAAACACAAUGACAUAUUCAGGAGUAUAUCAAUCAAUCAAUCAAUCAACAUUUAUUUAUAUAGCACCUUACAGCAACCUAAGUUAAACCUAAGUUCUUCACACCAUUAAAAAGAAAUGACAAUAACAAAAUUACAGCUCAAAUUGACAGCAUGUGACUAUGCAUACUUGUGUACAGAACAACAAACAUUUCAAGUGUUAAACUGAAAGUGUAAUACUGUAUGUUUAAAAAAAAAAGAAAAACUGAUGCAAGCUUUAUUUUUGUAUUGCACAAACCACCACAAAGAAUGAUACUAAUCAGGUUAAAUUGAUGCUUUUGCAUGGGACUAGAUUGCAGUUUAAUACACUGUGAUAUCAUUCUUGGCUGUGGACUUACACUGAAACAUAACCGCUCAGACUACAAACAGCCCACACACACCUAAUGAUGACCAGCAAUGUUUA